AGCCCCACGCCCAACUAGCAAAUCACUCCUCAAGAGUCAAGACAUCAACUAUAGACAGACAAGGUUUUGAUCCACUUCACAAACUUGUGAGUUUAUGUCUUUCACCAUUUUUAAGUUCCCUUGACUUUCUUUGCACCACUUGGCUGACUUCUCCUUCCAUAGUUUCCCGGUUCUCACUACAGAGCUUCACAAGCAGCCCUUCAAUUCAAUUCUUCCCAAGUUUCCAUUAUCAUGAUUAUUACAAUUUUCCCAUUUUAUUCAAAGUUACACUCAAUUUCGGUUUGAUCGCCCAACAUUUACUUCAAUUGAGAUCGGAUUUUCCCAAUUAAGCAUCUGAUCUCCAGUACAACAAGAUCUUGGAUGAUUAUCAUAAUUUCACCCAUCAAAUUUUGAAAAAUUAAGGUUCUUCCUGAUCCAAAAUUCAGAAUACUCCGAUCUAAUUCGAACAAACUGCUUAAUGCUUAACCUUUUUCGAUUCAGAAUAAAGGGGCGAAUGCGAAAUCUCCUCCAAAAGGGGUUCACUUCUUGUUAAUAAUUUUGGCUGUAAUUGCUGAAAUUAAGCAUCCAACAAUGGCGACUUUACCAGAAUCAGCUCCCAAAUCAGAGAAAUUAUUAGCUACACCACCAAGAUUUCCUCCCACAUUAAUGGUGCAGCAGCAUCAGGCAGGGACUGCGUCGUCUUCGUCUGCGAAUUCGCCGCAAUUGAGUACACCGCCCGGGCCGCCCGUGUUCACCUCGCCGCUGAGACCGGCUGCAGUGCCGUUCCGAACAUCCCCUGCUUCGCCGCAACCGGUUGCGGUUGCUUUCCCACCUCCAAUUACAACAACCCCGUCUUUUCCUUCUUCUACUUUACCCCCUUCUUCUCCUCCAAGUUAUUCUUCUCAAAAUGUUUCUUUUGAUCAUUCUUCUCUUUCACCCUUUGAAUCCAUUGCUCCCCUUGUUCACUUUUCUGCUCACAAGAUAUUGAAGCAGAAAAAGCAAGCAAAUGUCCCAAGUUUGGGGUUUGGAGUAGUGGUUUCGCCUGGAAGAGAGGUUCCCCAAGGUCCUCAAGUAAUUCAGCGUGAUUCUCAUCGUUGCCAAAGUUGUGGUGCUUAUCCAAAUCCGUAUUGUAAUGUUAUACCGACUUCAGGGCAGUGGCAAUGUAUUGUUUGUCGUAACUUGAAUGGGAGUGACGGUGAAUAUGUAGCAUCGAGCAAGGCAGAGUUGCGUAGCUUUCCUGAAUUAUCCUCUUUUGUGGUUGAUUAUGUCCAAACUGGAAGCCGAUUAUCAGGUUUUGUUCCUGUUUCGGAUUCGAGAACCUCUGCUCCCAUUAUCCUUGUCAUUGAUGAAUGUUUAGAUGAACCACACCUUCAGCAUUUGCAAAGUUCUCUUCAUGCUUUUGUUGACUCACUCCCGCCAACAACUAGAAUAGGUAUCGUUUCAUAUGGUCGAACAGUAUCUGUAUAUGAUUUUUCUGAGGAUUCUACUGCAUCUGCUGAUGUGCUAUCAGGGGAUAAGUCACCUAGUGAGGAAAGUUUAAGAGCACUAAUUUAUGGGACUGGUGUAUACUUGUCUCCUGUGCAUGCUUCGCUUCCUGUAGCACACACCAUAUUUUCCUCAUUCAGGCCCUUCAAGGCCAACAUUGCUGAGACUGCUAGAGACCGCUGCUUGUGUACCGCAGUGGAAGUUGCUCUGGCAAUUAUACAAGGGCCAUCUGCUGAUUUGUCCCGAGGAGUGGUGAAAAGGCCAGGGGGUAAGAGUAGGCUAUUAGUUUGUGCUGGUGGACCUAAUACAUUUGGUCCUGGAGCACUUCCACAUUCAUUUAGCCACCCAAACUAUCCUUAUCUUGAAAAAACUGCAAUGAAGUGGAUGGAACACUUGGGUCAGGAGGCUCAUAGACAGCAAACUGUUGUAGAUAUUUUCUGUGCUGGAACGUGCCCUGUCAGAGUUCCUGUUCUGCAGCCGCUCUCAAGAGCCUCUGGUGGUGUUCUUAUCCUUCAUGACGACUUUGGGGAGGUUUUUGGUGUUAAUUUGCAGAGGGCAUCUAGUAGGGCAGCAGGUUCCCAUGGUUUGCUUGAGAUACGUGUUCCCGAGGACUUUCUUGUCACUCAAGUUGUUGGUCCAGGUGAGGAAGCUCACUUGGAUUCACAUGAAAAUUUUAAAAAUAAUGCUUCUGUCUCGGUUCAGAUGCUAAGUGUGGAAGAAACACAAAGCUUUUCAGUUUUCAUGGACACCAAAAGAGACAUAAAACACGAACAUGUAUACUUUCAAUUUUCUAUGCAAUAUUCAAAUGUUUACGCAGCUGAUAUUACUAGGGUUAUCACAAUAAGAUUGCCUACUGUUGAUAGUGUGUCAGCCUAUCUUGACAGUGUUCAAGAUGACGUCGCUGCAGUUCUUAUUGCCAAGAAGACUCUUUUGCGAGCUAAAUCUGCGCCUGAGGCAGUUAGCUUGCGUUCUACAAUAGAUGAAAGAGUGAAAGAUAUAGCUUUGAAGUUUGGUUCACAAGUUCCAAAAUCUAAGCUCUAUAAGUUCCCAAAAGAGCUUUCUUCGUUGCCAGAGCACUUGUUCCAUCUUAGAAGAGGUCUGCUGCUGGGAAGCAUCGUUGGUCAUGAAGAUGAGAGAUCUGUGUUGAGAAAUCUAUUUCUAAAUGCAUCUUUUGAUCUUUCUUUGCGAAUGGUGGCGCCUCGAUGUUUAAUGAAUAGGGAAGGAGGCACCUUUGAGGAGCUGCCAGCUUAUGAUCUAUCCAUGCAGUCAGAUACCGCUGUUGUUCUAGAUCAUGGAACAGAUAUCUUCAUUUGGUUGGGUGCUGAGCUUUCUGCUCAAGAGAUAAACUGUGCUGCAGCCUUAGCAGCUUGUAGAACACUGGCAGAGGAGCUUAGUGAAUCAAGGUUUCCAGCUCCACGUAUCCUUGCAUUUAAGGAAGGAACUUCUCAAGCUCGUUAUUUUGUUUCCCGAUUAAUACCUGCUCACAAGGAUCCAGCUUAUGAACAGGAAGCAAGAUUCCCACAGCUUCGAACGUUGAACUCAGACCAAAGAGCUAAGUUGAAAAGCAGUUUUAUUCACUUCGAUGAUCCAAGCUUCUGCGAGUGGAUGCGUAGUCUGAAACUUGUUCCACCCGAGCCCAGCUAAGGAGUGUUCUGUGUUGAAUUGAUUGAUAAAAACGGAGGAAGAGGCAGGAGCUGAGGGUUGCUGAUUUGACUUAGCUUUUUUCUUUUUUCUUUUGAAUACUGCAUCGCACUUUUUGUUGUUUGGAUACAAAGCAGAGUCCUGCAAUUUAGGAGCCAUUCUUUCAAAUUUUUGCAAGGUAAAAUUUGUUAAAACUUUGUGGAGAGUAGAGACCUUCCAAAGGGAGGUUUGUGAUGUAUGAAUAAAUACAUAAGGAGGGGUGUUGGGGUUAUUUCACGUAAAUGCAUUUCUGAAUUUAGAAUAAUACCAUUGGGUUAUCAAUUGUAUCACCGGAUGAUCAAGUAGUAUCAUUGAACAUUCAGUGGUAUUAUGUAUAUAUGUAGUGGUAUUAUAUAUUUAUUCAGCAGUA